UACAGCAAGAUUUGUUUACCACUUCACUAGAGUAUGCCCUGGCACACUGUGUGGCUCAAAACUUGCGAAUGUCUAGAGGUACAACAAAUAGCAAAGGUCUUUCUUAGGAAGUUUGAAAGAGUGCACGAGCUGCGACAAUCUGACCCAGAAGUCGGAGAAGUACUCCAGAUAACUGAAGAGGAUACCAACCGAAAGAUCUUCUAUCUGGUUACCAAGAAAGCUUCGUAUCAGAAACCGAAUUACGAAGACCUUUGGAACGCUUUGUGUUCGCUUAGAGAAGUCUUGCUUGCCGCGGACCUGAGAAAACUGGCAAUACCUAAGCUGGCUUGUGGAUUGGACAACCUGGACUGGAGUAUCAUCCGAAGCAUGCCGGAGGUAGUCUUCCGGUAUACAGGCAUUCGAUUUCUGUUAUGUUGCCUAGACGGCUACCUCCUGGAAAGAGUGUGGAUUAUUACUUCUUCAAGAACUCCUACUGCAAGAGAGGGCCGUCGUACCGAUAUCGACAUCCACCGUCAGUAAGAUCAUUCCGGGACGGAAUGACUUUAGGUAGGGGCCAGUGUGACGAAUCA